AUGUUGAGUCCUCAUGUCAGUAGAAACAUUUUGGGUAGAUUCUCUCAUGUAUGGAAGAGGCUGCUCGCAUGCAAUGCUUGUGGCAUAAAACUCCAGAACACCGAGAACACCAAAGAGGGAUACUUUAUUGUACCUAAAGAAGCAAAAGGUAAAAAAUUGCAAUCACUAGAAGAUGUCAAGUAUUUACUCUUCAGUCAGGAUCUUCAGAAGGCAAAAGGUUUGGUAGAAGCAGGGACGUUUGAAGGUCUGAGACGCACCAGAUCUCCCGAAUCACUAAUUUGCAAGCGAUGUAGCGAUGCGAUCCAUAAAAAUGAAUAUAAGUUAGAGGAUUUCAGAGGGUUCGCAUACGGUGAGAUUUCAAGGUAUAUACCUAGUGGCAGCAAUGUGUUGCAUCUCGUUUCUUUACCAGAGUUUCCACUGGGCUUGUCGAGGGAUAUCUUGGAAGAGCCCAGAUUUGAUACUUCUGUACUACUUACAAAAGCGGAUCAGUUGAUAAAAGACAGAUCAACACUGCAGAAGAAAUCUGCUGUUUUUUUCAGAGAUUUCAUGAAGAACCAACUGGGAAUUUCGACAAACAAGACUAUUGCAACGUCUACGGUAAAAAAAUGGAAUGUUAAAAGUGUUUACUCUAUGUUGAGAGCCCAUAACUUUUUGCUGGGAAGCGCUAAUGUGGGAAAGUCCACUUUGAUUAAUGCAUUGAUAAAGGAGUAUAUGGGCUAUAAAGUCAAACGAGGUCAAGCAGGUGAUAUACUCAUCCCAAAAAUACCGGAAAAAGACAUGUCUAAUAUGCAGGAGAUUCUUAGAGCACAAUUCGCUGGUGUAUCCCAUAUACCGAACAUGACGAGGAGGCGCCAAGAAUACAAAAUAGGUGAUAAGAUCGUUAACGACUUGCCCGGAUUUACGGAAGAAACAGCGGUAAUUCAAUAUGAAGACAUCAUUCGAAGAGAGUGGCUGGAUAGAAUCAGGAAGACCAAUUUGUUCAAGGCAAGGAAGCUCAAGAAAAAGACAUUCUAUUCGAUUCUUGGUUCUGAAAAUGGAGCUUGUUACACGCUUGGUGGUCUCUUUUUCAUUAAGCCACCGGCGGAAACAAUAAACCAAAUUAUAAAUUUUAUUCCGGGUGAGGAAUAUGAGUUUAAAAGCAUUGAAAAGGGUUUGGAAGUAUUCAAGACUUGCAAUGUGAUGCAGCACCCCCUCGAGAAGUAUUGUGGAGUAAAAUCUGCUAUUUGCAGCCUCGAUCAUUAUUCGCGGCAUGUAAUCCCACCGUUCCAGGGAAGUGUGGAAAUUGUGCUUAAAGAUAUUGGAUAUUUCGUUUUGCGAACGACUGGGAAAUACAAGUUCACAGGCCUUCACGAGAUUUGGGUUCCACAUGGGAUUACUGUCUGUGUAAGAGAGCCAUUGGAGAAACUUAUCGAUGUAGGGUUUAAAGAGCACUCUGAAUCGCACGGUAAUCUCCCGGCUUGCCCGAAAAAGAGACCUAUAAUCAGCUCAACUUAUGUUAUGAGUCACAAUGAGGAGAAUACAUUUGGUAGAAUGCGUGAAAUGUAUCUUGAGCGUACGAUGAACGAUCUUUCAGUAAGGAGGCACACUCACGAGGAACCACUUCAUAUUGUCAGGGAGCUACACGAUGAACGGCCUAAUCUUUACUGGCAUUAUCAAUGGUACUAG